AUGCCCCAAGGUUGGCUGAGUGUCGAAGUUGAGUUCAAAAAGUCUGUUGGAUACUGCCAUGACCUCGCGGUCACGCUCGCCGCCUCGAGAACGACCAAUAGAGGAUGCAUUACAGCCAAUUAUAACUACUCAACAAACCUCUACGCUCGGAUCAGUCUCACAGGCGAUCAUGGCGCCUUUCACGAGCAACCAGAGCCGAGCAGACCAUUCGACGAAAAUACUAACUGGGCCUACUGCUCAUGCUUUCUCAACUUUACUGAUGGGUCAGUCGCACCGGUUAUCAUGACGCCGCGAAUGGUGCAGACAGCUGCCUCUUCGUCAAGAACUAACCAACCUGGGAGGAUCAUGGAAGCUAGGGGUCUCUCUAACUUCAACUUUAGCACCCUAGGACGAGCUCCACUGCGACUAGCGAUGAAGCAACCUGUCACAUCGCAGGAUCUCGGGAUUCUAGAGUCGACUCCCGACUUGCUUCAAACACCAAUACCAGAGGCAGAUGGUGUCGCAAAGGAAAUCAGCCUCCUCAAGGGAUUCAACGCGACCAUCCCAAGCUCCGAGAAGGGAAAGGCGCGGCGUCGACAAGUUCGUAAUGUGCAGUUUGACGACGAAAAUGAGGGUGAAGAUUCUAGCCACCGUAAACUUGGAAUGCAGGCGCGAGGAAUGCUCACCGAAGGCGCCCAUAACGACGAAGAACAUGGCACACAUGGUCGAAAGCGAAGAGGUGCCAAACGUGGAGAUGCCCUUACAGCAUCCAAGAUACUGGGCAAGGAAGAGUUGAGUAGGCAGCGAAGAGAGAUCCUGCAGGAUAAGGAAAAUCUUCACGUCCGAAGACGACUAGCACAAGCGGAGAUUGACGAAAUUACGCGGAAAAUCAAUUCUCUGGACCUCAUUCGCUCCCAGCUUGAGCAAGAUCUGUUGAGGAUACAGGAAGAAGACCUCGAGCUUGAGGACGAACUGCGUGGGGUUCAAGAAAGAGCCGAAUUCGAAGAGCAACAACAAGGCAGCACCGCAACAUUCCAACCCUCUAGGCGGCGAAAAGGGCCCGCAUUUCUACCUUCGGAGCAUGAUGAUCUGCCUCAUGGAGUGGCGUUCAUGACGCUGGCCUCACAUAACGCACCAAUUACGGCACUUGAUAUCUCAGAGCCAUAUGGCCUGCUGGUCAGCGCCUCUCAAGAUGAAAGCACACGUCUGUGGGACCUCUCUUCUGGGGAAGAAAUAGCAUUCUUACGCGGUCAUACUGGUAUCGUCAAGUGUCUUCAGGUAGAAGGCAAUUUGUGUGUAUCAGGUGGCACAGAUAAUACCGUUCGAGUAUGGGAUCUCAGAGCCGUUGAGGACGAGGAAGAGGCGCUCAACCAAAGCUUUGUCGGAAGUCUUGCGUCGAGCCCGCGCUUCAAUGCACCAAGCAUCCCAGACGCCGAAGAAGAGGAUGAUACGGCCGUUCUUGUUGAACGCCCCAAGCCUGCCGCUCCAGCGCGACCGCGUGGCUGUCUUCGCACUCUCGAAGGCCAUACAAAGACAGUCUCUUCAAUCUACUUUGAAGAUGCCUGUCUCGUCAGCGGUGCAUCGGAUAAGACAAUUCGUCAAUGGGAUAUUAAUACUGGUCAAUGCGUUCUCACAAUGGACAUACUUUGGGCACUCUCACAUGCGGCUUCUCAACCCGCGCCUUCGACAUCUCCUAGAGGAUCUACGUUUUCUAUUCCAGGUCUUCCGGGUGCUAGCCUCCUCUCCGCAGCUUCAAACUCGUUCAGCUUCCCUAGCCCCCCAAUGGCAGAUGGAAGCUGGGACAUGUAUCUGGACUUUGUUGGAGGAGUGCAGUUCUGGGGCUACGCACUCGUCAGCGGCAGCGGCGAUGGAGCAGUCAGAAUGUGGGACAUGCGAACGGGUCAAGCACAUCGUACACUCGUCGGACAUACUGCACCGGUAACUUGUGUACAGUUUGACGAGUUGCACAUCGUCAGCGGUAGUUUGGAUAAAACGAUCAGGAUAUGGGAUCUUCGGACGGGUGGCAUUGCGGAGACUCUACGCUUUGAUUAUCCGGUCACAUCUCUCCAGUUUGACAGCCGCAAGGUCGUUUCUUGUGCAGGUGAAAGCGGAAUAAAGGUUUAUAAUCGCACGACGAUGCAAAUGUCCACGCUGGUCACCAACGGACAUACCCAACCAGUGGAAAGGCUGCGAUAUAUGGAUCGCUACCUUGUCAGUGGAGCAAGAGAUUCCACUGUCAAGGUAUGGGCUAUCUAA